AUGACGCGCUCCAGCUCCAAGCACCGGUCGGCGGCGGCGGCGCUCACGCGGCGCGACAUGCCAACGGGGCUCGCGCGCGCGCGCUACUGGCACUGGCACGGACGGCUCCGCGCCACGCCAGCCUCCGGGUCGGCGAAGCAGAGCAGCUCGCGUGCGCUGGGUGGGCGGAGCAGCCCGUGCCGCGCCGUGGAGUGCGUGACGGUGUGCACUGGAGGGAGUGGUGGGCGGCGCGCUGGGUUCGCGCGUGUCGGCUGGGGUGCGGGCAGGGCGCCAGUCGUGGCGACGGCCGCUUUCCUGUCUCGGACUGUUUUUUUUCCAGCAUCUGGGUAA